AUGAAUUGUUUUCACCAGCAACUGAACUCUAUUGUUCAACAGGACCACCUUGCUGUCACCUCUCCCUCACUCCCCGCCGUCGCCUAUCCUCACCUCCUCCUCGUCGCCUUUCCCUCCCUUCCCGUCGUCGCCUUUGGUGGCGCGCUGGCGCCUAAUGCGCUGGCGCCUAACGCGCAGGCGCCUAACGCGCAGGCGCCUAGAGCACUGGCGCCUAGCGCGCUGGCGCCCAAUGCACAGGCGCCUAGAGCGCUGGCGCCUAACGCGCUAGCGCCUAGCGCGGUGGCGUUUGCUGCGCUGGCGCCUAACGCGCUGGCGCCUAGCGCGCUGGCGCCUAACGCGUUGGCGCCAAACGCGACGGCGCCUAGCGCGCUGGCACGUAACGCGCUGGCGCCUAUCGCGCUGGCGCCAAACGCGCUGGCGCAUAGCGCGCUGGCGCCUAACGCGCUGGCGCCAAACGCGCCGGCGCCUAACGCGCUGGCGCCUAACGCGCUAGCGCCUAGCGCCGUGGCGCAUAGCGCGCUGGUUCCUAGCGCGUUGGCGCCUAAUGCGCUGGCGCCUAACGCGCUGGCGCCUAACGCGCAGGCGCCUAGAGUGCUGGCGCCUAGCGCGCUGGCGCCUAAUGCACAGGCGCCUAGAGCGCUGGCACCUAACGCGCUAGCGCCUAGAGCGCUGGCGUUUGCUGCGCUGGCGCCUAACUUGCUGGCGCAUAGCGCGCUGGCGCCUAACGCGACGGCGCCUAGCGCGCUGGCACCUAACGCGCUGGCGCCUAUCGCGCUGGCGCCUAACGCGCUAUCUGCGCUGGCGCCUAACGCGCUGGCGCCAAACGCGCUGGCGCAUAGCGCGCUGGCGCCUAACGCGCUGGCGCCAAACGCGCCGGCGCCUAGCGCGCUGGCGCCUAAUGCGCAGGCGCAUAGCGCGCUGGCGCCUAACGCGCUGGCGCCUUACGCGCUGUCGCCUUACGCGCUGCCGCCUAACGCGCUGGCGCCUUACGUUUGGCGCCUUGCAGGUGCCCUCGCAGCGUGCUGGCACCUUGUAGCGUGCUGGCGGCUUGUGCGCUGCUGCCUUUUUUGCGGCUCUGGCAAAUCCUGCUGCAGCCUUGUUGCACACGCUCACGCGUUGCUGCAGUGA